GUCUUGCUUGCUGUGUUGCUGUUUAAUGGUUCAUGUUAUUGUUGUUUAAUGGUUCAUUAUAUUGAAAAUAUCCUGCUUGCUGUCUUGCUGUUGCUGGUUGCUGAUUAAUUGUUGAAUGUUGAUAACUUAGUAAUUGGUAUUGCUGGAUUGUUGGUUAUUAAUUUGUUGUGCAGUUUAUUGCUGGUUAUUAAUUUAUUUGUUGUUGUGUUUCUGGCCUUGAUGAGGAGGCUCUGCAACAUGUAAAUUAAGAGAUGGAGGCCAAGGCUGCUGCUCCAUUUGCAUCAGACAGAGCUAACACGUCACAGCCUGCUGCAAACAAGGGAUCGUACUCUCAGGUGGGAUUUUCUUAUGAAGGGAAUGGAAAGGAUGAAUCCCAGAUUUCAGAUGAUGAGGAUGACAAUGAGGAGGAUGAAGAUGAUGAGGAUGAUGAGGAUUUUAACAGUGAUGAUAGCAAUGAUGAAGGAAUGGAAGUAAUAGCUAAAGAAUAUGGGGUUAAAAGGUAUGGUUGGCUUGUUUACAUGGAUAAGAAAGCUAAGGAGGAAGAAAAAAAGGCAAAAAGAGGUGAUCAAAGGUGACCCUGCAAUUAGGAAGCUGAGUCGUAAGGAAAGGAGGAAAGCUUCUCAGAUUGAAAGGGAGAGAGAAAGAGAACCAAUGCGGAUAUCUGGAACGUGUGUGCAGCAUCAUGACCCAUACCGGUAUAAAAUAUUGAGAAGUUUAGCUAUUAUGUAACUUUUUUAUUUCAGGUUGGUUUGUAUUAAGAAGUUUAGCUAUUUUGUUGGA